AUGGCAAAUCUAGUCGAACAGAAAAAUGUCUAUAAUAUACCAUGUGAUGAAUUACCUAAAACGAUAAAACGAGGAUUAGGACCUGAAUUUAUCUAUCCAUUUAUUGUACUUUUCUUUGCUACUAUUCUUCGAAAAUUUCUCAGACAUUAUCAUAUUUCACUUCCAUAUACAGUUAUAUUAAUGCUUGUUGGAGCUGUUCUUGGUGCUUUUUAUCAAUAUGAACUUAUUAAACGUUUUACAUUUAUUGCUGAUUUAACACCUGUUCAAAUUCUCGCCAUAUUUUUACCUAUUUUAAUAUUUGAAAGUGCAUUUUCAUGUGAUCCACAUAUUUUUAUCAAAUGUCUGGGACAAAUUCUUAUAUUAGCAAUAUUAGGUUUCUUUAUUUCUGUGGUACUCACUACAUUAGCUGUUAUGUAUUGGUAUGAAAAUGAAUAUACGAAUGAUAUUCAAGCAUGUUGGACAUGGGAUCAAGCUGUUUUAUAUUCAGCUGUUGUUUCAGCAACUGAUCCUGUAUCUGUUGUUAGUUUACUUAAAUCUAUGACAUCAUUAAAAACAUUAUCAACUGUUAUUGAAGGUGAAUCUUUACUUAAUGAUGCAGCUGCAAUAACUGUUUAUACAUUAAUAAAAGAUUUGAUUUAUGAAGCAAUUAAAUCUGAUAAAGAAUUUUUACAAGAAACUCGAACAACACUUUUAGGUACUAAUGCUGAACGAUGUAGUAAUGCUACGAGAUUUCUUAUUAAACGUAAAAUUACACUUAUUUAUCUAUUAAAAUUUAUUUUAAAAACAAUAGCAACCGCUAUUUUAAUUGGUUUUAUAAUGGCUCAUAUAACAAUAUUUACUUUAUAUCGUAUUGAAGCUGGUGAAUUAGAAACAUGUAUAACAAUUGCAAUGUCUUAUUUCGUUUAUUUAACAUGUGAAGCUAUUGAAGCAUCAGGUGUUAUUGGUGUUGUAUUACUUGGUUUAACAUUAAAUAUGAAUCGUGCUUGUUUUAGUGUAUCAGCAAUUGAAAUAUCUGAACAAACAUGGGAAUUACUUGCUUAUGUUGCUAAUUCACUUAUAUUUAUAACUGUUGGUGUUAUAUUACUUAAAACAUAUAGUGGAAGUGAUAAAAUGUUAUCAUUACUUAGUUCUAUUCCACAAUUAUUAUUAAUUUAUAUUAUAUUAAUACUUGUUCGAGCUAUAAUGAUACUUUGUAUACAUUUUCUAUUAAAACAAAUUGCAUAUGGUUUUACAUGGAAAGAUUCAAUUGUGACAAUAUGGUCUGGUUUACGUGGUGGUGUAAGUCUUGUUCUUGCAUUAACACUUUUUAAUACGAAAAUUAAAGAUAAAUAUCAAGCUGAAAUAAUGCUUAUUCAUACAACAGCAAUUGUAUUUCUUACAUGUACAGUUAAUGCUUUAACAAUACCUAGUAUUAUUCAUAUUUUACGUUUAAAUCAAACAUCAGAAUUAAUAAAGCAAACAGUAGUACAAAUGAUAAAAGAAUUAAAAAUCAAACAAAAUAAUAUGAUUAAAUCAUUGAAAAAAAAUCAAAUAUUAGCAACAGCUGAUUGGUUUUUUGUACAGAAAGCUAUUGAUAUUCAAUCACCAUUUGAUGAAAAAAAAGAUGAAAUAAUUAAAGAAAAUUUAUUAUUAAAACGUCAUAUUGAUACAGUUAAAUGUGAUCAUUGUCAAGCUCAUGUAACAAUACCAAUAUCUAAAUUUGAAUUUAAACAAACAUUUGAAGAUUGUAGAAUAAGAAUUUUAAGAUUACAAAAGACGCAUUUCUGGUCGAAUUACUACAACGGUCAAUUAUCAUCUUAUGGACUUCAUACAUUAAACUCCUUAUGUGAUAGAGCGAUUGAUACACCUAAAGCAUUUAUAGAUUUACAAACUAUAAAAGCUCAUAUAAUUGGUAAAAGUCGAAUACGAUCUUUAUUAAAUAUAAUACGUAAUGGUACACAUAAAUAUCAACGAUAUUUACCUUGGUAUUAUUGUCGAAAUCAACAUCGACUGAAUAUUAAUAAUAAUAUUCAAUCAGUUCAAAACUGGUAUAGAAAAUUAUUUAUUUCAUUUCUUAUCAUUCUUAUUGAAUGUAUAAUUCUUAUCUAUCAACUUCAUACUAAUCUUUGUAAUAGUUUAGUAAAUAAAUUUCAUCUUACAUUAGAAAUUAUUUCAAUCAUCUUAUUUAUUUUUGAUUGUGUUCAAUUAUUCCACUGGUUCUAUCAUAACAAACAACGAAAAUUUUAUAUUAUAAAUCUUAUUUGGAUUAUUCUAUAUGCAUUUAGUGUUCUAUGUCGUUUACUUAGUUCUAUUAUUUAUAUAAUUGGUAUAGCACAAAAAUCAUGUAUAACAUUUGCUAUUUUAAAAAGUUUAAGUUUAAUUGAAUGUAUUAUUUUAUGUUUAUUUCUUAUUGAACCACUUCGAUUAUUUGUUGAUUAUAUGCUUAAUCGAUAUAUAAGUGUUAGUUAUGAUAUUGGUUUAGCAUAUAUUUCUUCUGAAGAACAAGUUCUUCGAAUUAUAUAUCGAUUAACAGAUAAUGAAACUAUUCGUAUUCGUAUACGUGAACUUUCACUUCAACAUAUAAGAAGUGUUUUAAAUGAUGUACUUAUAAUGCAAGAAGCUCAUCCAGGUACUAUUAUAAGUAUAAAAACUUAUCAUACUCUUAAUUUAUUAUAUAAUACUGCUAAACGAGGUAUAACUCAAAUACGUUCUCGAGGUGUUCUUGAUGUUGAUGAUUGUGAUUUACUUGAACAAUCAUUACAAAAUAUGCAUAUUCAUCUACAUAUUCCAUCUACCAUGCCACCCAUAUCGCCAAUGAUUAUUAUCAAGAAAUUAUCUUGGCUUUAUUCAAAUCAACAAUUAAAUUUUCAUCAAAUAAAUACAAUUGAAAAAAUCUUAAUUCAAACAUUACCUAAUGAAAAUACGAAAUAUUUUGAAAAUGAAUCAAUAUUACAUCCACAAAGUUUUACUUGGCAAGAUUUUUUAUGGCAUAAAAAUGAUACUAUAAAUGGUAUUUAUCUAUUAGUUAAUGGUAUUGUUGAAGAAUGGAAACUUGAUCCAUAUGAUAUAGAUGCAUAUCAUAGUGAAUUACGUUGGAAAGAAAAUAAUCGUACAAGACGAACAACUUCAACAGCGCCACAAAAUCAGAAUUAUCAGACAAUAUCAAAUAAAAAUAUCGGAAAACCAUUGAACAUGAAUAGAGCUGGCUCUGAUAUAUCUUCAGAAGAUCAAUCAAUAGCAUCUACAAAAACUGUUGUAUCAACAAAUGUUUCGGAAAAAGAUCUUGUACCUUUAAAUACAAAUAUUGUAUCAUAUAAUAAUGAUUCAACAUUGAUAACAUCUGUUCGUAUUGCAUUUGAAGAAGGUUUCUAUAUGAGAUGGCAUCAUUUUCUAACGAAUUCAAUUGAUAAUAAAUUUAAUAAUAAUUCAAUAAUCAUGAAUGAUAGUAUUCAUCAUAUACAAUCAGAUGAAAAUUUUGAAGAAUAUUUCGAUGAAACAUUUGAAAAAUAUCGACAAAUACAUCCAGCUACUAGUGAACGAAUACAUCGUCGUUAUUCAAUAAAAUCAGGUGAUUGUAUUGGACUGUAUGAUUUUCUUAUUAAUAAUGGUGAAAAAUAUGAAUCAACAGCAAAAUGUUUAACAAAUAUUACUGUUUUUUUUAUUGCCAAAGAAAAAUUAUUCGAAAUUUUUAAUACAUAUUCAUUAUGGAAUGUUAUAUGGCUUGAAAUGAGUAUAAAUUUAGCUUUACAUAUUUUACCAAAUAUUUCAUCUUUUCAAUAUACACAUAAUAAACAUCCUAUGACUAAUUUUGAUUUACUUAAUAAACGACUGAUAAUUUCUGGUUUACUUAUCUAUAAUGAAAUCAUAUGUACAUCAGAUGAUACUAUUCAAUUAAAUGAAGAUCUUCUUCUUGUUGCUGGUUCUGUUCGUAAUCAAAUUACUAAAUGUAUCUAUGAAGCACCAAUAUUUAUUAAACGUUCUUUAACUCGACAAGGUUUAAAAUUACUUGAAGAUCGCUCUAGUAUUAAAAUUCUUGUCUUACCAAGAAUAUCAACAACAACAACAAUUGAAAAUCAUAUUUUUACUGAUAGUUUAUUAAUUCAACAUAUACUCGAUAAUAAAACAAAGCAAAACUCGACUGAUCGAUCAAAUGAUUAUGAACAAACUAAAUCAUCAAAAAAUCUUCCUACAAAGUCAAUACUGAAUAUAUUAUCAGAAAAUAGCGAAGUAUCAGAAAAAUGA